GGUCAUUCGGCUGACAAAGGAGGUCGCGCAUCGUUGUUUGCCAGUUCGUUUUUAUUCUCUUUCAAGUGUUACGUGUUUCAGUCGUGUGAUAGUCGUUCGUUUCGCAGAUCGAUCAAGAUUUUGAAGUGACAGUGUUAUUAAAUCAGUGCAUUACGCGAUCUGAUUGUUUGGAAGAAAGUAACGUUAGCCAACUGUCAAGGAACGCAACAUUAUCUCUUGUAGCAGUGUUUCGUGGGAAAGCUGCUUUAACAGCAUCUUUUAAUGCAGUAUGCCCUCUGCGAUGAAUGGCGAUAGCUCGGUGCACUCCACCAGUCCUGAGCUGGGUUCUGCCCCUGUGGCCUCGGGCGCCGGCGGAUCACAAACGGAGGCGUUGAAGCAAGUCCUUACGGUGAUCGAGAAGAAGGUUCGCAACAUGGAGAAGAAGAAGGGCAAGCUGGAGGACUACCAGAGCAAGAAGAACAGAGGGGAGAACCUCAACGCUGAUCAGCUGGAUGCCCUGGCUAAAUCCCAGGAGGUCACCCAUAAUCUGGAUUUUGCUCGGGAGCUACAGAAGAACUUUUUGGCACUGGGGAUUGAUCUCCAGAAGGCGGAGCGCAAGGCGUGCCGGCGGGAGCAGCUGCGGCGCGAGCAGCAGGAGCGGAGGAGGCUGCAGCGGCUGCUGGAGGUGCAGCUCCUGCUGGACCAGCUGGGGGAGGAGGCGGUCAGGGAGGAGCUGCGGCGCGGCGACGGUGACCACGGCGACCACCCCAUCCUCACCAGCGCCCAGCUCAUCGCGCUCGACAACUUCUACAAGCUCCUCAACCCCGAGAGGGACGCCAGCGGCAGGUUGGCGGAGCAGUUUGAGGAGGCAUCCGUGCACAUGUGGGAGUUGCUGGAGGGCAAAGACAAGCCUGUUGUAGGGACCACUUAUAAAGCCCUGAAGGAGACUGUGGAUCGGGUGCUUCAAAGCGGUUACUUCCAGCGCACACACACGCAUCAGAACGGAGUGUGUGAGGAGGAGCUGUCCUUGGCGGCAGCAGCGGCCGUGGCCCCGUCGGAGUCAUCAGAGGCCGACGAGGAGCCGGAGCCAGCAGUGGCAGAGGGAACACCUGAGCAGGACUACACAGAGGAUGUAGUGGACACAAAAGAGUUUGUGAACAUGGAGCUCGUACCACAGGAUUCCCACAGCAGCACACAGGAAGAACCUGCCUCAGAGUGGAAUCAGGAGGCAGAGGUGUCGUUGCAUACGCAGCAGCAGCCGCCCCCCUCUGAGGCUCCUCCUACAUCAGCUGACCCCACCCCUCCCGUCUCCGUGGCAGCCGACCCAGUGGUGCGCAAACAGGUGGUGCAGGACCUGAUGGCCCAGAUGCAGGGAACAUACAACUUCAUGCAGGAGUCAGUGCUGGAGUAUGAUGGGCCGGCAAUGGACCCCGCCAUAGUGUCUGUCCAGUCCAUGAGUCCCGCCCGCAACCUAGAGAGGGCACAGAUGGUUCACUCAGAAGCCCAGCUGCUCUCUCAGCCCAGUGCUGUCCCUUCACAGCCAGAGGUGUCUCUCCUCUCCUCCCCUCCUGAGGAUUUCUCCUCUGCUGCUCCUCUCUAUCCAACCCCCCACACCUCAGACCCUCUGCAGGCCUCGCUGUCCCUGUCGUCUGAGCAGCCUGCCUCCACAGCUCUGCACACGGGGGGCAUCAACGUCAACGCCGCCCCAUUCCAGUCCAUGACGGCGGUGUUCAACCUCAACGCGCCCCCUAUGCCUUCAGCCAAUGAGGUGGAGCAGCAAAAACUCUCCAGCCAAUACCAGAGCAGCUUCAGCCCCAGCUACAGCAGUCAGUCCGCCCACUCGGAGGAGCAGACAGACAUGCAGCCAGUGGUAGGCUCCUUCCAUUCCCAGGAGGCUUUGCAGGCCGGCGCUGCGCACCAGUCCCUAUCCCAGCAGGCCAUGGGUCAGGGGGCGGGGUUUAACCGGGCGGGGCAGCCCUUCUACGUGGCCAGCAGGGGCGGAGUCAUGAGCCGAGGAGCACCAAGAGCACCACGUGGCGCAGUCAACGGCUACAGAGGUGGUUAUGAUGGCUAUCGGCCUCCAUUUCCCAGUGCUGCGGGGGGCAACUAUGGCCAGACUCAGUUUGGGAACGCCCCUCGAGAGUACAGCAACAACACCUACCAGAGGGAUGGCUAUCAGCAGCAGGGUUAUAAGCGGGGUGCAGGCCAGGGUUCUCGGGGCGUCUCUCGAGGACGUGGAGGACCCUUCAGAUACAGCCGAGGGAUGACCGCACACCAGACCAGCUAACAAGGACUUUCGAAGAAGGCCUAGCCCUUAACAUCCCCAACAGCCCCCCCACCCUCCCUUCAAAACCCCCAUCAGACCCUCAAACACACUUCAAACACCACCCUCAAUCCCGCCAAGUCCCGACUGCUCCCCUUCCUCCUCGUCCCCGUUUCCCAGGGCCAGGGCCACUGCUCCGUCUCCUAGCUAACGGAAGCCACUCCGACUGCCUUGUGUUGUGUGCAUCGCAGGGAAGCGAUCCAAAGACUGAAGCCCUGUGGCUCCUCUGAACACACGUUAGGGCCUGACCAUGCAGCUGCCUUAUUGUGGUGCGCUCACGAACACGCUGUGUGUCGCCUGCUGCGGUAUUCUUAAUUCUCAUUCAGAAAGGCAUUGUGGGAAAAUCAGAUGCCAUUUCCUCUUCUCUAGCCUCGUUCAGAAGGGCAUUGUGGGAACGCCGGGACGGACUCUACAUGUUUUGACUGAGUGGUUUAAGAGCAUCAGUCAGGCCCAUAGGUCAGGCCUAGUCUCAUAGUCUCAAUGUCCACUCUCACAUACAGACCGACUGGAUCUCAAUGUCCACACUCACAGACCCGCUAAGUCUGUGAGGGCUUAGAGCUGUCCCACUGUCAAAUUGUGCAUGAGGGCUUGCUCACAGACUUUUUUGAACGCUUUCUGUAAGUCAGAAAAUUACAAACAAUUCAAAGCAUAGUGACGUGAGGGUUUGUCAGUAGAGGAAGCCUGGAUGUAAAAAAAAAAAACGGUUAAUGACUGCCAUAAGUGGUUUUGGUGUUGUCAAUUUAACAUAAUACCUCACAGGUGCCGUUCCUGUUAAUGUUAAUAGCAUUUUGAGCCCUUGCAGCAUCUUAAACUCAACCACUUAUCAGCUGAUGUAAUGAAUGUUUUUGAGAGUUCAGGACCUUAGACGGGAUAUUGAGAUUCAGCCUCACUCUGCAGAACCACUCCUCACUCGCCUCCUGUGAGCACAGGAAGUGUCUGCAGGAGGUUGCGGGUGGUUGUCGUCUGUUUAAUCUGCCUGGCUUGACUGUUAUUUCGAGCUCUGUUGGGAUGUGUUAACUACCAUGUGGCGGUUUGUGAACACAAAUGAACACGCAGGGCGUCUGUCUGCCUCUGAUUGCACUGAACAGCAUCUGAGCAACUUGUAAAAUUUGAGCACUGCACUGUCUAAGCUUUACAUUAAAAACUGAUCUUGCCAUGGA